CUGUCCCCCCAUAGCAACCAGAGCUGUCCCCAACCCACUGGUGGCUCAUGAGGCCCGCGAGGCCAACCAUUCAUCAAGAAACAAGUUGGGUAAGAGAGUUCAUUUGGUUUAGAAUGGUUGUUUCUAUGCAGGUCGAACGAAGACAAGUUUGCAUGGGAAUCUUCUGUGAUUAAAGCUCGUUCAGACGGUGACAUCUAAUUCAGUGACAGUAGCUAGUGUCACACUAACGUCACGACACUGUGACAUUCAACUGUUCAGAUAAUGACACUGUUGUGRACGACAUUAGAUGUCACCGUGUGAACGAGCUUUUACUUUGCAUAUUUACGGCGUUAACGGCUCUUACACUGAGCCGUUAUUUCGUCUCACAAUUGCAUAAAGGCCAACAUUUGCCCUAGAGGCAAAGUUGUACAUUUUUUGAGCACUGUAUAUCCAAAGCGACGCUCUGAGCCGAUGCCUCCGAUACGCUACGCACUAAGAUACGAUUUGCGACGAGUGUGAGAGAGACGUAAGGAGUCGAAUGGGCUCGAGCGGCGCCGAUUGUUGCUCGCGUUAUACACUGAGGAAAAAUUGAGCUGAAAGCGCGAGAUUGCAAAAGUGAGCCACUGUGGUUGGUGGCAGAUUUUUUUUUUAAAUCGUGCUAAACUGUUGUUUAUCAGCGCACUUUUCCGGUGCGGUCGACCUUGCAAUGAAGAACCUCAUUAGUUAAUGCGCUCCUGAAUCCGAAGCAGUGGAGCGCGAUUAAUGGCCCAGUUUGUGCGUUUUCUCCCUUGUUGAUAAGUUCUAUAUUGUUGAGGCGGAUUCAUUUUUUUUACAAACUUUUUUUUGGUAAAAACCUUUUCCUUCGAUGGCGGCGAGUCCAGCUCCGAAUCGGAAAUGGGGUGCUCACGAAGCCGCCACAACUCGGACGUCCCCUCGUUGGGCCCCCCCAGCCAGUUCCUGCCUCAGCGCCACGACCUGAUCUCCCUGGUGGAGAAAGGGCGCAUGGGGAUGAGCAGCAACAGCUCCUGCUGCAGCUCCACCACCAGCUCGUUGGGGGAAAAACACGGAUUGGCUCCCACUAAGGUCACCGCUGAAGUCAAUGAGGCUCUCCGAAGAACACCCGAUCUGAGGGAGACUCGAAUCGACAAUCAGCUCUACUCCAAGGUGGAGAGCGCCAACCUGCCAGAGCCGGCCGACAUCAGCCGCAACCGGGACUGCAUUGUCGUUAUGCAUCCUGAAUGCGAAGAACGCGCAGAAGAUGUGGACGUCGAUGACACCAUCACGAUAGCCUGCGAAAUGGAGGCAAAAGAAACUGCAGAUCAAGGAGGACGGUUGAAUCGCUGCGGUCACCUAGAGGUGGCCCUCCUCUAUGACGCCCCCAUGCGGAAGAUGACUGUUCAUGUGCUACAAGCGCGGGAUAUUCCCAGUAGGGAUAGAGGACAGCCCACCAACACUCAGGUGCGCCUGAUCCUGUUGCCGAGCAAAAAGCAAAAGCACAAAACCAAAAUUCGCUCCGGCGAAAAUCCCCAAUACAUGGAGAGUUUCCUGCUGCAUCGCGUGAAUCCAGAAGACGUGAACUCGAUGGGGAUCAGACUGCGACUGUAUGGCUGUGAGCGGAUGCGCCGCGAACGACUUAUUGGCGAGGCCGUUGUGAGCUUCGCCAACAUCAACCUGGAGCUGGAGAACAACUUCUGGUUGACCAUGGAGUCCCGCUCCAACACCACG